GCCACCUGCCCGGCCGCUCCUCCGUGCGCCGCGGUCCGGGCCCCGCCGUGCCGCUGAGGCCCGCGUCCCCAGAGUCGCCGCCUGUGUCGCCUGUGUCCCGGUCCCCGUCCCCCCGCAGGCGCGGAGCCGCGCGAGCGCCGGGCGGGAGCCAGGGCGCGCAGACAUGGGCAGCCGCGCCAGAGCGCGCCGGGCGGCCGCCGUGCUGGGCUUCACUGGGCUGCUGUGCGCGGUGCUGGGAGCCGUCAUGAUCGUGGUGGUGCCCACGCUCAUCAAGCAGCAGGUCCUCAAGAAUGUGCGCAUCGACCCCAGUAGCCUGUCCUUCAACAUGUGGAAGGAGAUCCCCGUCCCCUUCUACCUGUCCAUCUACUUCUUCGACAUUGUCAACCCCGACGCCAUCCUCCUGGGGGAGAAGCCGCAGGUGCAGGAGCGCGGGCCCUACGUGUACAGGGAGUUCAGGCACAAGAGCAACAUCACCUUCAAUGACAAUGACACGGUGUCAUUCCUCGAGUAUCGCAGCUUCCAGUUCCAGCCCGACAAGUCCCAUGGCCUGGAGAGCGACUAUAUUGUCAUGCCCAACAUCCUGGUCUUGGCUGCAGCGAUGAUGAUGGAAAAUAAGCCCAUGAGCCUGAAGCUGAUCAUGACCUUGGCGUUCAGCACACUCGGGGAGCGUGCCUUCAUGAACCGCACUGUAGGCGAGAUCAUGUGGGGUUACGAGGACCCCCUCAUACACCUCAUCAACAAGUACCUCCCAAACAUGUUCCCAUUCAAGGGCAAGUUUGGGCUAUUUGCAGAGCUGAACAACUCCGAUUCUGGGCUCUUCACCGUGUUCACGGGGGUCAAAGACUUCAGCAGGAUCCACCUCGUGGACAAGUGGAACGGACUCAGCAAGGUCAACUUUUGGCAUUCUGAUCAGUGCAACAUGAUCAAUGGGACCUCGGGACAGAUGUGGGCGCCGUUCAUGACUCCUGAGACCUCGCUGGAAUUCUACAGUCCUGAGGCGUGCCGGUCCAUGACCCUCAUCUACAAGGAGUCGGGGACGUUCGAAGGGAUUCCCACCUAUCGCUUCGUGGCCCCCAGCACCUUAUUUGCCAACGGCUCUGUCUACCCGCCCAACCAGGGCUUCUGCCCGUGCCUGGAUUCUGGAAUUCAGAACAUCAGCACCUGCAGAUUCAAUGCGCCCUUGUUUCUCUCCCACCCUCACUUCUACAACGCCGACCCGAUGCUAGCAGAAGCGGUGCUUGGCCUUCACCCCAACCAAGAGGAGCAUUCCUUAUUCCUGGACGUCCACCCGGUCACCGGGAUCCCCAUGAACUGCUCCGUGAAAUUGCAGCUGAGCCUGUAUAUCAAGGCCAUCAAAGGCAUCGGGCAAACGGCGAAGAUCCAGCCCGUGGUCCUGCCGUUGGUGUGGUUUGAAGAGAGCGGGGCGAUGGAAGGUGAGCCCCUGCAGACCUUCUACACCCAGCUGGUGUUGAUGCCCAGUGUGUUGCACUACGCCCAGUACGUCCUCCUCGCGCUGGGCUGCGUCCUGCUGCUCAUCCCCAUCAUCCACCAGAUCCGGAGCCAAGAGAAAUGCUAUUUAUUUUGGAAUAGUAGUAAAAAGGGCUCAAAGAAUAAGGAGGCCAUUCAGGCCUAUUCUGAAUCCCUGAUGACAUCAGCUCCCAAGGGCACUGUGCUGCAAGAAGCAAGACUGUAGGGUCCCGGAGACGCCACGAGCCAGCCCGGCACGGCCACUCAGCCAGACCUGCUCCCCGGCCCCUACACCCCGCUUCUUCAGGACUCUACUCAGCGGACAGCCCACCAGUCCUAAAGUCUGAGCCCCCCAGUUGCCACACGCGCGUCCACACACUGCACACCCCCCAGCACGUGUACACGCACGAGUGCACAGGCGUGUGCAGGCACACUCAGGGAUGGAGCUGCUGCUGAGGAGACUCAGGGAGAGCCUCAUCAACAAGGACUGUCUGGAGCCUUCUGUCCAAGUGACCCUCCGUGCUGUGGGCACUGGGUCCCCUCCCUUGAGUGAGCCUGGCCUGACCCGUUCAGCCAGGGGGCCCGGGCUCCGGACACCACCUCCUCCCCAGGGCCCUCUCCACCCGUCACGAAAUCCUGCAGUCCCUGACUGGUGGCUCGGUCAUGUAGGACAGGCCUUUUACUCCGAGGGGCCGGCUACUGUCCCAAAACCCAGCCCGGGAACACAGACUUCUCGUGCCAAAGCCGUGUGGGCAGGGGGCUGCCCUGUCCAGCCCAGACCCGGAGCUUUGGCCCUGUACGUCCAUCUGGGCUGGGGACGAGGCACCUUCACACAGGCCACAGCUCCAGAUGCAUCUUGAGCCUGCUCCGACUGUCUCCUCAUUCCCCAAGCAGACGUUGAUCUCCCUGAAGUCUGCGUGGGGACCAGGCUUGGAUGCCUGGGGCCCCUUUCCUCCAGCCUAAACUGACAUCAUCCUGUAUACUGAGCCGGCCACUCCCUGGUGGGGGUGGUGGGAGGCUCCGCCCCAGGCUGCCCACCAUGAGGGCCCUCAGCUUUUAGGUGCCGCGGCAGAGGUGCGGAAGCCCAGCCCCAUCAGUCUGGGGUCUGGUCUGGUCAGGUGGGAGACCCACCCACCUGCGACUCCCGCUCUGGGGCAAGCCUCUGCCUCUUUUCUACUGCAAGAGAAGUGAAGUUUAUCAUCUUUUAAAAAUAAUUCACUAUUGAAGUAAUAAACCUUUUUUAAAAGUUAA